AUGGAAGAUCAAUCUCAACUUGACACGGCAGCCAGAGGGUUGUGCUACGCCGAGUUUGGCGCCCGUGUUCCCAAGACUGGCUCCGCCUACACCUACUCUUACGUCACAAUAGGCGAAUUUUUCGCCUUCGUGAUUGGUUGGAGCAUGAUCAUGGAUAACAUCAUCGCUGGUGCUAGCGUGGGCAAGGCAUGGAGUGAAUACCUCGAUGCCAUGUUGAAUGCGACCAUUAGCACCCAUAUCAAAACUCACGUUGGUACCUUUAAUUCAUCUUGGUUUGGAGACUACCCUGACUUCUUGGCCUUCUGUCUCCUGAUCGCAGUCACCGUCAUCAUCGCUUUCGGUGCUAAGAUGUCCUCAUCCGUCAUGCUAGGUUUCACCGGCAUCAACCUCAUCGUCAUCGUAUUCAUUGUCGGCGCCGGAGCGUUCUACGUGGAGGGGGAGAACUGGACUGGGGGAGAUGGGUUCUUUCCGUUUGGAUUUUCGGGGGUAUUAGCCGGUUCGGCUACAUGUUUCUACGCGUUUGUUGGCUUUGACGUCAUAGCCACAUCAGGCGAGGAAGCUCGCAACCCCAGCAAGGCUAUCCCAUUCUCAAUCAUGCUGACGCUGAUCAUCUGCCUGAUUGCCUACGUCAGUGUGUCCGCAGUCAUGACCCUGAUGGUCCGUUACGACGACCUUGCCAAAUUCGCUCCACUAGCAGUAGUCUUCCAGCAGCGCGGACUCCCUUUUGCCAAGUACGUCGUGUCCGUAGGGUCCCUGGUGUCCCUGUCAACAUCCAUGAUGGGUUCCAUCUUCCCGCUACCUCGGAUCAUCUUCGCAAUGGCCAGAGACGGUGUCAUCUUCAAGUUCCUGGCGAAAGUCAAUCCCCAUUCCAAUGUCCCAAUCUAUGCUGCUAUAUCGGCUGGUUUGUUGACUGCCCUCAUGGCCUUGAUCUUUAAUCUUGAGCAGCUGGUGGAGAUGAUGUCGAUUGGCACGCUGAUGUCCUACACCUUGGUGGGUAUUUGCGUUCUUCUCUUGCGAUACAAACCUGGUGUCAUCGGUCUUGAUAAGGAAGAAGCCAAACGACUCGGAGAAAAGCAUAAGAAGAAGAAACCGGCUGAGGAGACCGCUCUUGUUGGCCUCGGCGGAGAAGGGAAGCACAAGACAUACACAAACCUAUCCCCCAAUAGCGAGGAAUUUGACAUAAUUCACGACGCAGAGGGCGCCACGGGGCCUGACCCAAAAGCAGCAGCCACGUCCGCAGAACCUUCCGGUAAAAUUGACCAGAGCAUGACGAAGCAAUUGAUAGAUGAUCAAUCAAAAGAAGGUGGUUCUGCAACCAGUAGCCAGAACAAACUUCCAAAAGAGCCGACAAGAGCGACCUACAGAAGCGUUAUAAUUUGUGUCUCCAUAAUAUGCGUCGACUUUUUCUUCCUCAGUGGUGUUUUAGUUAUAGGUGAAACGGGUGUCCUAGAAGGUGCCUGGUGGGCAAUCACACUAUUAGUCCUACUCAUCGGUAUCGUCAUGGUGCUACUGGUGGUUAUAGAGAAGCAGCCUCAGAAUAAAAUGGAGCUCUAUUUUCGUACACCCUUUGUUCCUUAUCUACCAAUUCUUUCGGCUUUCUUCAAUAUAUUCUUGAUGUUCAAGCUCUCUAAAGCAACAUGGAUACGAUUCGUAGUCUGGCUUGCUAUAGGCUUCAUCAUCUACUUCGGUUACGGUGUGCGCCAUAGUGUUGAAGAGACCGGUCGGGAGAGGCCUCAUCAAGGUUUAGACGAGUCCGAAGCGGAUGAGAUCUCACUCUACGAUGCCUCGAAGGAACCCAACAGACAGCGAACGGAACAAGAAAGUCAAGAACAGCCUUAGGCUAUCCAGAUGUGGCUGUUAUAGAGGCUGGCCGGUCGAGUAGUGUGUCGCCAUCGCCUUAUACGUAAAGCUUAAAAGAGAAAGUACUGUCAUAUUCCUUUGUCACUUUAUCGCGCCCCGAUACUUUUCACCUUUAAAUAUCUCUCUCCAUCUCUCUCUCUACUCUUUCAUUCUUUUCCCCUCUCCCUCUUGCUCUCUCUUUCGCGUUCUCCCACUCUCUGUGUUCCGACUCCAUUUACCCUUUCCCUUAUUCCAGGGUCCCAUCUGACAAAGAGCUGCAAUUGAUCCGAUCAACCUGAACUUUAUGGAAGUCCAUCAUUGCCACAAUUUUGUUUCCUUCAGGAAAUUCACACAACGUCUUUUGUAAACAAACGUGAGCGCACUGAAUUGAAAAGACAACGGCGAAUGUAUGAGUAUCCAUCAUCAUCUAGAAAAAAAUGUUUGAAAUAAACAUGUAUUUUAUAAUUAUGUUGGCGUCGCUGGCCUUCCAUAGUGUUGUAGUUGAUUUUAUCAAUCAUAAUUCUUUGUAAAGAUGGUGCCCAUGUCCUUUCAACCACGACCAUUAUGCCACCAACCUUGCCAUUGAUCACUUGACUCCUCCUUUAUUAGACUUUCACUAGUUUAUUUCCUUCUCCUCUUUCCAUUUUCUUCUCUUGGCUCCGGUAACAUAAAGCUUCGUGAUUGAUCGUGGGUCUUAUGUCUACGUUUAAUUGCUUUGAUUAUUGUGUAUAAUCAGUCGUACAAUCACAGUCCAUGAUCAAUCCCUAAGGCCAGGGUUACACCAAAAUCGAAUUCUCCCGAAUAAAAUCGGACCGAUUCUCGCCGAAUUCGGCCUAAUUAGGAUGGUUUCGGUAGAUUCGAAUGUUCCCGAAUCCUUCCUGAAUUUUCUCGCUUUCGCGGAGGGAGUACAGAUUACUCCCGUGUAUUCGGUUGGAUUCGCAGCUGAUUCGGUUCCGGUGUAACAAGGCCUUAAAGUUAUGAUUACACCGCAACCGAUUCAGCUGCGAAUCCUUCCGAAUACACGUAAUCGGGUGGUUUCGGGAGUAUUCUGUUCUCCCUCCUCGAAUGCGAGAAAAUUCGGGAGGGAUUCGGAAACAUUCGCGGACGAAUGAGGUUCGUUUUGAAAUGUUCAAAACCAGCCGAAAACCCCCGAAAACAAAGUACAAAAUCCAAAUACCCCCGAAUGUGACCACAACAAAUUUCAUUCGGGCCACAUUUGGGAAAUAUUCGGAUGACAUUCCGUUGGUUUAGGGGAGGCAUUCGGAGUUAUUUAUCGGGAUUGCCAAAAUUGAUUCGGGUCAAUUCUUGAUGAUUCUGUGCUCAAUCGAAACAUUUUCCGGACCCAUUCGUCUUUAUUCGGGAGGUUCCCCGAAUCAGAGUCGGAUAGGCACCGAAUCCAUCUGAAUCAGGUCGUAUUCGGGCAGAAUCGGUCCGAAUAUUCGGGAGAGUUCGGUUUUGGUGUAACCCUAGCUUUAGCUUUAAGUAACUGGGACUUCGUCGUGAUUUUUUUUAUGUACUUAAAUCAGAAUUCUAGGUUUUGAAAUAAUUGGGGUAUACCUCUGCAAAUGCUUACUGAAUUUGUAAAUACUUAGCCAGAUACAUAUGCCUAUCAUAAUUAUAGAUAAAAGACACAAUUAGCAUACGUUCUACUUACGUGUUAUACGCGUUACAUGGAUUACACUUACGUUCUUGUACCGCUCCGAUACGAAUCGGAAAGCCUUUUUAUAAUGUGAAUGAUAUGGUUUCAUUUUUCAUGGUGAAUAUCCUUCCUUUACACAAUUGAUAAAGUCGAACCUAGUUUUCAACAUUUUGUUCAUGCUGUGAGAAACUUGAGCAGACAGUUUAUUUGUAAUCAAUUUUGCUUCCAAAAAAUGUUCCACCAUGAAUUAUGUAGGUGCUAUAAACCCACCCUUCGUUCAGUCCGUGGCUAACGUAUUUUCGCAAUGACUACGCAAACUUUUUCUACAACGCACCAAUUCCUUUGAAAAUGCAACUCAAAUCACAAUGGAUAGCUGAGAGGUCUUUGUCGAAAGUUGAUGGACGGGACAGCUGAUCGUCCGAAGAUUCGGACUGGGCGAAAAAUUGCAUGCAUGUGUUUGUCCAGAGUCCAUGACGACACUGCUGUUUUGAUUUACCAAUUUUCGACAAAGACUCCUUGGUUGCUCUCUGUCAUGAAGGGCUUUUGACAAUACGUUUUCUGUGUUCUUGAAUCAUCCGCGGAGUGAGUAAUACCUAUACUGUCACAGUCACACCAACGAAGCCGACUCCAUAUCGAUCAACUCUAUUACUCUCUUUCGAAUGGUUUAUUUCCAAUUGGUCUUAUGCCAAUUCGUCUAAUAACCAACUUGGUAAUGUUUCCUAGGUAAUUGUUUAUAAUACACCAGAUUGGCGUUUACCAGCAAAACGCUGUCCUGCCAAGUUCCUGUGGGAGUUAUCAUAAAAAGAAAAAGAAACAGAAACUCGUCUACUAUCAUUUUGGUCUGUCAUCAAUUCGUCCACUAUCCACAUGGCCCAAUUGCCAUUUCGUCUAAUAACCAGUUUGUAUAAUGGCCAUUUAGUCCAUAAACCAUUUGGUCUAAUCAGAUAAGUGUUAAUUGGGCGAAAUGAAUAAAAAGAAAAUGGGUGUUAGACCAACUGGUUAUUAGACGAAAUGGUCAUAGACGAAAUGGUGAUUAGGCAAGGUAAUUAUUGGACCAAAAUGGUUAGACGAAAUGUUGAUGGACGGAAUGGCAUUAGACUGAAUAAAAGUAGACCAUGUGGUGAGUGGACGGGUCGGCAAGAGACGAAUCCAGAGUUUACCUUUCGAAUGUAUUAUACUGCGGGUCUGUUUGGUGUCGAUUUCGUUGAUGCGACUUGACUGAUGCCUAAGUCGUGGAACGGAUGCAGCACCUUCAGGGUGCAAUCCUGCACCCUAUGUGAAUAAAGGGGUGCAAAUGUCCUCCUGUUUUAAUUGUUUGUACCAAAAGUACCCACUCGUACCUUUUAAAUAAGCAAUUAUACAGGUUAAAUUGGUACCCAAAAAUGUUUUUGUGGAAAGUGAUAUGAAGAUAUAAUGACUUUAGUUUUCUGGGUUAAGAUAUUUAGAUUGAUUGAUUGAUUGAUUGAUAACGAAUUUAUUUCAUUCCAAAAUUUCAACAAGGUUACAAAGUAAAGCAAAAUAUAAUAUAACAUUAUGAAAUGAAAUAGAAACCUUCUGAAAAGCAAAGCUUGUUAUUGAAGGUUUCCUAGAUGUAAUAGGAUGUUCUUGAAUAUUGUGCGUCAAAUUUAGUCAUGAGUUUCCGUCAUACCACGGCCUUUAAAGUCACGUGGACUAGCACCAUGCGUAAAUAGAUAUGUUGUAUAUCAGAAUUGCACUUGAUAUUGUGGUUGUUAUUAAAAUGUAUAUAGAAACGAAAGUUCAUAGCUGAAAUUAUGUGUAUUGAGGAAUGAAAAUGUUGACGAUUUAGUAUUUACUUCAGAUGAAUAUGUGCAAUGUAUAGUUUUAAUUAAUGUUAUAUGUGGAAUUAUGUGUUUAUUAAGAAGUAAUUGAAGACAAUGGUAGUAUUACGAUUUAAUAAAUGUUGAAAUUUUAAAGAUGAAAAAUAUGUAAAUUUUAUGAAACAAAACUUAUUUCCAGCAGAUAAUAUGAUAAAUAUAAGUAUUAUAAAAAAACAAAUGUAAAAAGAAUAGUUUUACAAAAUUAUUUUCUAGUAGAGUGGUAUUACUAGGUAAUAUGCAUGUAAAUGUCUGCUGAUGCGUUUGUAGAAAAAUAAUAAUUGUGACUAUUUUUCUAAAAGUUUAAAGUAACUAAUUGUGAUGUAUUGCAUAGCACUAUCAAUUAAAAAAAAUGAAUAUGCCUUUCAAGGAUCGGUGUAUGUCAGUGGAUGUGAAAAGAUAAAGAUACACGUAUAGCGAUCUUAAUGUAGCAAAAUAAAAGUAAGACAUGAUAAUAUUGUAUCACCAUCUUACCUCAGGAAUUGAGUUGAUAAAUUAUAGGCCUCUUCAUCAACAAUAUUGUUAAACCUGUAAUACAGUAUGAAAUUGAGAAGUGCAAAUAAAGGCUUGCAAUCAUCCCAAGUUA